AGGUAACCCGCAGCUCGGCAGUCACGCAGCCGCUCCGGGUUAUGCGGACCCACGACCUCUGGUGGGGUGAGCAGGGAAUUGAAAGUUGUGGAAAGAUAACGUAUGCCAGUGGGUGCUUCUUAUUUGGUAAGCCAGCCAUUUGUGAUUCUGAGCUAUUAGAGGAGAUAAGACGCCUCAGCUGAGAUUCAGCAAAGCUACCAACUGCAGACUACACCAUGGACAUGAAGCUGGACCCUUCCCAGGAUGAUCUGCCUCUCAUGGCCAAUACCAGCCACAUGCUUGUGAAGCACUACAUACUGGAUUUGGAUGUGGACUUUGGAAGUCGAGUUAUUGAGGGUAACAUAGUGCUUUUCUUUGGAGAUGGAAACAGAUUUAAAAAACAGUUGAAUUCCACCCAGGAAACCUUCCAGAUGGAGUCAGAGGAAGCCUACAUAUUUAGGACAGCUGAACCCUGCCAUGUUCCUGAGGUGGAUUCAAGUGCCUUCUCACCUAAGAUGGGACAUAGAGAAUCUGCAGUCUGUGGUAAAGGUGAUCAAGAUGCCUUUGAUAAUGAUGGUAACCAUGACAACCAGGAACAUGAUUCUGAGUUGUCUAGCUCAAAGUACUGCUGUGACACAGGGAAUCAUGGGAGAGAGGAUUUCUUGCUAGUGUUGGACUGCUGUGAUUUAUCUGUGCUGAAGGUAGAGGAGGUGGAUGUGGCUGCCGUAGCAGGCCUUGAGACAUUCACACAAGCUCCAAAGCUUGCAGCUCCUCCUGAGAAGCUCAGGCGUGAGAUCGUCCGUGAUCUUGUGGCUCUGCCUGCAGGUGCUUGGAGGGAGCAGCUAGACUGCUACAUGCGCUGCAGCCAGGCUCCUGGCUGUGGGGAGCUCUUGUUUGACUCUGACAAGUGGAGCUUACAGAUCAGGAAGAUGGGGGCUCCGACAGCUGCUGACUUUCCUCAUGCCAUUAGGAUAUGGUAUAAAACUAAACCCGAGGGGCAGUCAGUGGCUUGGACCUCAGACCAGAAUGGCAGGCCAUGUGUUUAUACUAUGGGAUCCCCCAUCAACAACAGGGCCCUUUUUCCAUGCCAGGAACCACCCGUUGCCAUGUCAACAUGGCAGGCUACAGUUCGAGCAGCUGCAUCUUUUGUUGUUUUAAUGAGUGGGGAAAAUUCUGCCAAGCCUACACCACUUCGAGAAGGAUACAUGAGCUGGCAUUACUAUGUGACCAUGCCAAUGCCUGCCUCUACCUUCGCAAUUGCAGUGGGAUGCUGGACAGAAAUGAAGCCCGAGACAUCCUCAUCAGAUGAUCUGAUAACUGAGCACACCCUCCCCCUCCCACCAUCAGAGGCUGACUUCAGGUAUGAUGACACCUGUAGUCAUAUGGAAUACCCCUGUCGGUUCCAGAGUGCAUCCACUGCCACCCAGGACAUCAUUCCUUAUCGAGUGUUUGCCCCAGUGUGCCUUGAGGGUGCCUGUCAAGAGGCCCUGCUGUGGCUGAUCCCUUCUUGCCUCUCAGCUGCACACACUGUCCUGGGAACACACCCUUUCUCCAGGCUGGACAUACUCAUUGUCCCCACCAACUUUCCAAGUCUGGGGAUGGCCAGCCCACACAUCAUCUUCCUCUCUCAGAGCACCUUAACAGGCACGAGCCAUCUCUGUGGGACCCGUCUUUGCCAUGAAAUUGCUCACUCCUGGUUUGGCCUAGCCAUCGGGGCCCGAGACUGGACAGAGGAGUGGCUCAGCGAAGGAUUUGCCACUCACUUGGAAGAUAUAUUUUGGGCUGAAGCACAGCAGCUGCCUGCCCAUGAGGCCCUGGAGCAGCAAGAGCUGAGGGCUUGCCUGCGCUGGCAUCGCCUACAGGAUGAGCUUCGGAACUCCCCAGAGGGAAUGCAGGUGUUAAGACCCAACAAAGAGGAGACGGGCCACGUGAGUGCUUCAGGUGCAUCUGUUGUCAAGCAUGGACUUAAUCCAGAGAAGGGCUUUAUGCAGGUUCAUUACUUAAAGGGCUACUUCCUUCUUCGGUUCCUAGCCAGAACACUUGGAGAGGAAACUUAUUUUCCAUUUUUAAGAAAAUUUGUGCACCUGUUUCAUGGGCAGUUGAUUCUUUCCCAGGAUUUUCUUCAAAUGCUGUUGGAGAGCAUUCCAGAAAACAAAAGGCUCGGCCUGUCUGUUGAGAACAUCGUCCGUGAUUGGCUUGAGUGUUCCGGAAUACCUAAGGCGCUGCAGGAGGAGCGCAAGGCCGAGGACUGCUCGCCUAGUAGGCUGGCACGGCAAGUGGGCUCCGAGGUGGCGAAAUGGAUUCGAAUGAACCGCAGACCCCGAAAACGCAAACGAGGGAAGCCAGAAGCCGCCUUUGAAAAGCUUUCUCCAGACCAAAUCAUCUUGCUUUUGGAGUGGCUCUUAGAGCAGAAGACCCUGAGCCCCCAGACACUGCAGUGUCUCCAGCAGACGUACCGUCUCCAGGAGCAGGAUGCAGAGGUUCGCCAUCGAUGGUGUGAACUGAUUAUUAAGCACAAGUACACAAAGGCAUACAAUCAGGUCGAAAGGUUCCUACAGGAGGAUCAGGCCAUGGGCAUAUACCUGUACGGGGAGCUGAUGGUGAGUGAGGAUGCCAGGCUGCAGCAGCUCGCCCACAGGUGCUUCGAGCUGGUGAGGGAACACAUGGACAAAGCAUCAGCCCAGGUGGUGACCGAAAUGCUGUUCUAAAAAGUCCAGGUCUCCAUGUCUCCACAGUCGCUGGCAGGAUGAUGCCCAGGGCACGCCAGGAGGCACUGCCCAGCUGUGAUUGGACCCGCCCUCCGGUGCCUACUGAGCUGAUAUCAGUUCUCAUUUCACACACUGGCUCAGUUCAGCAGGAACAGGAGUCGAGCCCUUGAGCAAAAAGCCUACCCAUCUGUAAGUGCCUGAGGCAGGCCUCCCACGGAGAAGAAGAUGAAGGGCCUGAGUGUCUGGUACCAGAUCCAGCCGCAGUGGUAUCCCUCUGUAUGUGCUCCUGAGGUGGGGAUUUGUAGAGUGCAGAACUAACCUUGGAAAGAUUGCACCCCUAGAAGCAGAUAGAACAGAAGCUGAACGUUUGCCACGUGGUUGAGGCAGAGCAUGCCCUGUCAUCUGCUGCCCUGAGCAAUGGGAGUGCCGGUCCGAAGGGCUCAUUCCGUAGAGCUGCCUUUCAUUGACCCUCUCUGGGCUUCACAGCCCUGCACGGCCUGGCUGUGACUGUGCAGACCUGGUCCAGGAUUGUGAGGUGUGAGAGCUCCAGUCUUGUCCCUAUCCUCCCACCAAAGUUCCCUCUCAAGUAGAGGUCAGAAGCUAGGAGGACUUGCAGAAUGGCUGUGGUGACUGGGUAAUAAAGUUUAUUGGUGUUUCCUUCACAGGACAGAUCACAGUGAGACUCUCUUUCAUAUACCUUCUCCUAGCCCUGAUGGGGCCACGACUGCAUUGACCCUGGACAUCAAAGGGAGGAUUAUGUGGCUGCUAAGGUCAUCAGCCCACAGCAGUGGUUGGUCCAUCUUGGGCUUCUGGCUCCCAGAGACUGGGCUCCCGUGGCAUAUAUAAAAGGCAGAGCCUCAUAAACUGUUGCACCUGGCAGCUGCCUUUGUUCCCAGUGCUAGAGAGACUGAAUCUAUACACUGGAAUUGAGCUGUGACUUUAAGGCAGUCGUUCAGAAGAAUGAAGGACAUCCCCCCACCCAGGCAUAUGGAGAACUGGCUGCCUGCUUCCUGUGAUUGCAAAAACUGGCUGCCACGCUCUGGGACUGCAGAAUCAUAUGACACCUCCUGUGGCUGGUCCCCAAGGAUUCUGUAGAGCCCUUUUGAUGUGUUCAGUCAAUAGAGCAUUCCUGUUUUUGAAAAUGCAGGAAAGCCUAAGAUGUCUUAAUAAAGUACCGGAUUUGCUGGUGUUCCAGUUUGCUUCUGAAUUUGAUGCUCCUUAAAAGCAAGGAAGAACGUGCGUCAGAAUAGGCACUUGCCACACAUGAUCUCCUUUCCUACCUCCAGGUAAUGUUAAUUCUGAGAAGUCUGGAAGUAAAAGGAAGAAAGUAUGGCGCGGGACUCUGCUCUCUUCCAAAUGUGGAGUCUCGGCCAGCCUGGUACUAGGGGAGUCUCUGGUGAGACUGUUUUUCUCUCCUUUGAAUAUUAACAUACAGAACAAGCUUUAAGAAGCUUCCAGUUACUGUCUAGAGAAAGGUGCUUGAGACUUCCGUGGGUGCAGUCACGUAAGCCCAGACAUGGCUUAGCCAUGUGAAAAGGAACCAGGAGGAGUAUUCCACUGCCUGGCCAGGCUUCUGCAUUCAGACUUGCUGGGUGAGGAGAGCUCUAGGACAGAUUGAGAGGAGUGUCCGCAGAGAACCAUUGUUUUUCAGAGCCUGGGCUGUAGCAGAGACUGCAUUUGGAUGGUUGCAGGGGACUUGCAAAUGGUUGUGUGCUUUGUAUACCACGAUGGUAGAAGUAUCAAAAUGUAUUAGUUCUACUUAAUCUUACACUGCUUUCUGUGAAGACUUGAAAUAAAUGGCUGAGUCUGUGGCUCCCUGCUCUCA